UGACCUAUUAUGGUUAUGAGCGUGACAGCGCCGUACCCAUGAUGCGCUGCGGUUUGAGGCUGGUCUGCUGGAGCCAAGAUGACCGACUUUGAGGAGCCGCUCUCCGACGAGGAGAAGGUCCGCAUAGCAGCUAACUUUGUCACCCAUGCUCCGCCCGGCGAGUUCAACGAAGUCUUCAAUGAUGUGCGGCUUCUCCUCAACAAUGAUAACCUCCUCAGGGAGGGGGCAUCACAUGCCUUUGCCCAGUAUAACAUGGAUCAGUUCACCCCUGUAAAACUGGAAAAUUCGGAGGAAUCGGUUCUGAUCACGGAGCAUGGUGACCUGGGUCAGGGACGGUACUUUGACCCACGGAGCCGCAGGUCGUUCCGUUUUGAUCACCUGCGUAAAGAAGCCAGUGACCCUCAGCCCUACCAAGGAGAGACCGCCCUGCACUCCUGGAGAGAUGCCUGUGAUACUGCACUUAGUGCCUACGUCAAAGAGCACUACCCUACUGGAGUGUGCACGGUAUACGGGAAAACAGUGGACGGUCAGAAGACCAUUAUUGCCUGUAUUGAGGGUCACCAGUUUCAGCCAAAAAAUUUCUGGAACGGUCGCUGCAGGUCCGAAUGGAAGUUCACCAUCAGCCAGUCCUCAUCUCAGGUGGUGGGGGUGUUGAAGAUCCAGGUGCAUUACUAUGAGGAUGGUAACGUUCAGCUGGUCAGUCAUAAAGAGGUGGAGGAUUCCAUCAUAGUAUCUGAUGAAGAGUCGACUGCCAAGGAAUUUGUAAAAAUUAUUGAAAAUGCGGAAAAUGAUUACCAGACGGCCAUCAGCGAGAACUACCAGACAAUGUCAGAUACGACAUUCAAAGCUCUGCGUCGGCAGCUUCCUGUUACCCGCACCAAGAUCGACUGGAACAAGAUCCUCAGCUACAAGAUCGGCAAAGAGAUGCAGAAUGCCUAAAACCCGCCUGGUUCCACCUCUCUCUUUCUCUCUCUCAACGCAGAACCGGUCAAAAUGAAAACUACAUGCUGUUCGCUAACCAGAGGGAGAAACAGCCCCCCCUCCCCGAAAAAGAAACAAAACAAAUAAAAACAAAACAAAAAAAGUCAAGGAACUUACUCUAUCGUUGUUACAAAGAGGAUGCGAUUCCAUUCGGUUUCUGGUUUGUCAAAGGACUCAGUCCGGUCUCAGCUAUUGGAGGAGGGUCAGACGAGAGCUUAGAGGGAGUUCGGAUCCAAAUUAUUGGUAAAUCCGAUGCUAUUCUUGCAUUAACGUAAAUUCAUCUGUCCCGUCUGUCCAAAAUUCUCUGAAAGCGUGUAAAUCAUAGUUUUUUUUUUUUGUUGUUGUUGUGAGCUGCAAUGGAUGGGAUGCUUGUGAGUACGGUUUAGUUGUCUUUAAGAUGGCACAGAGAACUGCUGUCUCAUUCAGUAACUACUGACUCCAGUCCAAUACUCCAAACAAACCUCCUCUCUUCUCUCCUUCCCUCUUGGUCUAUAAACUCAUCCCUGCUGAGCAUAUAUGAGGAGAGAAGGCUUGUUUAUGAGUUUUGGAAAAAGUCUCUGUCUUAACUCCCCUCUCUCAGAAUCUCCCUCCACCUGUAACUUAAAACCCCUCCUACUAAAUGAAGACAUUUAAAGUCAAUCCAGAAUUAGUGUGCAAAAUUUAAUGGAUCAAUAAAGGAAAAAAACAAAUAGUCCUCUUUCCCAUGGCAAAGAAAUCCAAAUUAAGUCUGAGUUUCAUAUUUAUACAUACAGAUGUUAUAUUUUACUAAGCAGUCCUUAAAAGAAACAUCCUAGCACUCCUUUGUUACAGGCAUCACGUGCGCUUUGGGGUGUGCAGAAUCAAACGAGUCUUACGAUGCAAACAGGGAAUCUGAGCUGUUCUAUGCACUCUCCUGUCCCGGAGCAGAAAGGGGAGCCGCCAGUGUGGUCGCAUGUUCAUGUCAUGGUACUGUUGGGUGCUUCCCCCUCACUGUAAAUUCACCCUGAACACAGAAGCAUUGUCAGACUGUGUUAUAUCACUCUUUUUCUCUCUCUUUUUCUCUGUCCUGUAACACGGCUCUUAUGCUGAUUUUAGCAAAAGUAUAUGCUACUCACAGGUAAUAAAAGAAUUGGCACCGAACUGAUGACUGAAA